CAGACACCAGCUUAACUCUCCCGCAGUCUCUCAUUCUAAACCCGGGCAACAUUGUAACAUCACUUCUACCCUCUUUUACUUCAGUCCAUCUUGACCAAGACUUUUUCUCUCGACUUUACACAAACAUCACCAUGACGCGUGCUCAGCAGACUCUCUCCGUUCUCCUACUUGUCUCCUCGCUCUACCUAGUCCUCUACCUUGGCCUCGUUCCUCUCAACGAGACCGUCCAGACUGAAGUCAUCCCUGUUCUCCCAUUCUACGCCUUAAUAUGUUUUGGCUGUUAUCUUCUCGGCCGACUGGGUCUGGCCAUCCUCACAUUCAAUGAUGUGCCCGAGGCGCAUGAAGAGCUACAAAAGGAGAUCGAACAGGCCAAGGCCGAAUUGCGCAGAGCGAAUGUCGAUGUCGAUUAAAAAAACAGCGAAUCCCUCACUGUCCAAUACCAUAUCAGUUUCUUUUCUUGUUGAUUCGGCUGGUUUGUGCAAUAUGGUGGUCUGGUUUACUUGGAUGGGGGCGGUUUAUUACUACUAGCUUCUUUCAAUGUUAGGUUUUCCUGGGGCAAAAGGGGCCCUUGGAGCAUUGUUCCCUUGAUGUCCUGUAUGUGGAGGUGUGUUUCAUGCCAUUACACUGAAGUGAACUCUUCUUAGUCUGAGUAAUUGGGUUUCAGCGGUCCAAUUCGAUUUUGUGUGUUUCUAUGUCUAUGCAUGGCAUGUUUACUACUAUGGAACCACUUUUGUUUUGUGGUGUCACCUCCCUACUCGGGGAUUCUUGUAUGAUGACACAUUGCCAUCUACAUUCCAUAUUGAACGCCAUGGAGAAAACGAAUAGUUUCGCAUUCUGCGUGAGCGAACCUGAAUCGCAACUGUUGUUAAG